AUGAACGGAUUUUUAAGUAUUACACAACAAGAAAGCGUUGUCAAAGCUACUAAACCUUCUUUGAAUUUGGGAUCCAGUUUCUCCCUCUCAACUAAACAAGCACAAACUGCUCCAAUCAACACAACUACACAACAAACCAAUGUCAAGAAGUGGACUUUGACAAAUCUCGAUGACGAUGAUGUUAUUGGUGAUGAUGACUUGUUGGAAGAUGAUGAUUUGAAUAAUGCUAGCACUAGUGAUGAUUGUGGAACUGGUAUUGGAGGAGAAAAGAAGGCCUGUAAGAAUUGUACUUGUGGUAGAAAGGAAGGUGAAAUUCCAGAGCCAACCGAAUAUGUUAGUUCUUGUGGUAACUGUUUUAAGGGAGAUGCUUUCAGAUGUGGAACUUGUCCAUAUCUUGGUAUGCCAGCAUUUGAACCUGGUGAAAAACUUCAACUUAAGAACACUAUGGAUAUUUAA